AUGGCGCGAGCCACUCGUCUCCUUGCCUUCAUGGGCAUCCUCAGGAUUCUUGCUGCUGCCGCUCGGGCCAACGCGGCCAGCAGUGUCAAGAUCAGCUGGGUUGGCGACUCUCCAGCCCAGAACCUCGGGACGACCUUCGGCUUGCCCUGGCCACAAGGGAAAUACCAGCCCGACAAGGUCGACUUUGACGUCGCAGACGGACAGACCCCUCUUGAGUCGUGGGUGACGGGUUACUGGCGCGACGGCUCCAUCAAGUGGUCAGCGCAUGCAAUCCCAAAGACUGAUGACGUGACCGACGGAUACACUAUUAGGGCCAUGCCCACUGUUAAAGGCAAGCCCAAGGGCAAGCGCCAGACGACCAGCCUGUCGGUGGAGGAUCGCGAGAGUGAGGUAACAGUUAACACCGGCAAACUCACCAUCUCAUUCCCCAAGGAGGGCCGCUACAUUGUCAGCUCCAUCAAGACCGCCGGGGGCAAGACCGUCGGAAAGAACGGCAGGUUGGUGCUCCACAGCCAGAACAACAUCCCAGACACGGCCGAUGACCGCACCGACAAGGCCAUUGACCGUUCCAACUUUGAGAGCAACAUCGAGGAGGUGACAGUCAGCGAGGGCAACUCGGUUCGUGCCCUCGUCACGGUCCGUGGCAAGCACACGACCACAGAGGGCUCCGAUCAUGAGGACUGGCUCCCAUUCGUCGUGCGAUUCUACCUCUACGCCGGCUCCGAGGCCAUCCGACUAGUACACAGCAUCACCUUUGACGGCCAGCAUGACAAGGACUUCAUCUCGGGUCUGGGUAUCCGCUUCCAGGUCCCACUUGAGGGAGAGGAGCUGUACAACCGUCACAUCCGCCUGGCUGGCACCGACGGUGGCUUUCUGAACGAGGCCGUCAAAGGCAUCACUGGUCUCCGUCGCGACCCUGGCGAGGCCGUCAGGACCGCCCAGGUGCAGGGCAAGGCGCUUCCCGACGAGGCGACUUGGGACACGCGAGUCACGACUCGUCUGCACUGGAUUCCUGCGUGGAACGACUACAGCCUCAGCCAGCUCUCCCCCGAUGGCUUCACCCUAAAGAAGAGGACCAAACCAGGCCAGAGCUGGGUCAACAUCCUCGGCGGCACCCGAUCCGGUGGAUUAGCUUAUCUGGGUGGUGCAACUCGGGGCGGCCUAGCUGUCGCUCUGCGGGACUUCUGGAAGCGCUAUCCCACGGGUCUCGACAUCGCCAAUGCCGGAUCCGACGAGGGCCAGAUCACCCUCUGGUUGUACAGCCCAGACGCCGCUCCGCUUGACCUUCGGGGUUAUCACGACGGUCUGGGCCUGGAUACAUACGAAAAGCAGCUAGACGCCCUUGAGAUCACAUACGAAGACUACGAGAAAAACUUCGACACGCCCUACGGCAUUUCCCGGACCAGCGAGGUGUUUCUGUAUGCCUUCGAGAGCACCCCCUCCAGCGACACGUUGGCCGAGCUGAACGCAAACGCCCAGGAGCCCCCCGUGCUAGUUGCCGCGCCCAAAUACAUCAAGGAGACCAAGGCGCUGGGAUCGUACUGGGGCCUCCCCGACACGUCGACACCAGCCAAGGCCAAGAUCGAGAGCAACCUCGACUUCCUCGUGAAGCACUACCAGAAAGAGGUCGAGGCCCGCCGCUGGUACGGAUUCCUCGACUACGGCGACGUGAUGCACACGUACGAUCCCAGCCGGCACCAGUGGCGCUACGACAUUGGCGGGUACGCCUGGGACAACUCGGAGCUGUCGCCGGACCUGUUCCUCUGGCAGUACUUCCUCCGCACGGGCCGCGCCGACGUCUACCGGCUCGCCGAGGCCAUGACGCGCCACACGGGCGAGGUCGACGUGUACCACCUCGGCGACUGGAAGGGGCUGGGCACGCGGCACGGCGUGACGCACUGGGCCGACAGCGCCAAGCAGGCGCGCAUCUCACAACCACAAUACCGCAAGUACUUCUUCUACCUCUCGGGCGGCGACGAGCGCACGGGCGAGCUGCUCGCGCACGCGCUGGACGCGGACCAGACGUACGGGCUCCUCGACCCGGUCCGCAAGGUGCGCACCGACGGCUGGACCCCCUCCCCCGGCGCGCCCGUCACCUUCGGCCUGGGCACCGACUGGGCCGCGCUGGCGGCGGGCUGGCUGCUCGAGUGGGAGCGGCGCGGCCCGCGCUGGCAAGAGGCCCGGCAGAAGCUCACCAACACGGCCGCGGGCAUCGCGCGGCUCAGGAACGGCUUCGUCACGGGGUCGGCUUCGUACCGGAUCGACCAGAACGGCACGCUCCAACCACCGCCGACCGACCCGGACAACCAGGGCGUGGUGGCCAUCUCGCACCUCAACGCCGUCUUCGGCAUGCCCGAGGUUGUCUCGGAACUGCUCGAAUACUGGGGGGGCGGGGACGACGGCGACGGCGACGGCGCGCCGCGGGGGUUCCGCGAGGCGUGGCUCGACUACGCCUACUACUACCUGGCGACGGCGGACGAGCAGCGGGCGCGGUACGGCGCGAGCUUCAGCGGCGUCAGCCUGCGGCAGGCGCACUCGCGGCUGUCGGCGUACUACGCGGCCGUGCAGGGCAACGCGACCGUCGCGGCGCGCGCGUGGGCCGACUUUGGCCGCAGUGACGGGCUCAAGGACACGCAGGAGUUUGCAGCGGUGCGGGUCGGGGGCAGCGCCGUGGUGCAUCCUGUUGAGGAGGCCGCUUGGCUGAGUACGAAUGAUUUUGCGCAGUACGGUUUGGCGAGUAUCCAGAACUUGGCGUAUGUCGGGGAUAGUAUUUGA